AGUCAAAAUUUGGUCGAUGGCACACAUGGAAGUAUUUUUUGAAUAUGCUGAUUAAAAACCCGAAACCGGCUUACAGAAAGUGGAUCAAAAGAGGCGCAUUAACGUUGUUUGUCGUUGAAGCUGGUUGCUUUAUCGGGAGCUAUUUCGUUUGGCACAAAAUCAACACUGAAAGAGAUUCCAGAAAGUAUCUACUGGAUAAUUAUCCACAAGUCCUUGAUCUGUACUACAAAACAGGUGAAAUAAUUGAUAAAAACAACAAACUACGUGAAAUUGACGCUGCUUAUUGGAGUACAAAUCAAAAUUAAUGGAUAGAUACGUAAAAUCAAUAAUUUGGCUGGCAUCUUUCAGUAUCUUAGGUUAUGGUUUGUUAAUUGCCACAUCACCUUCUGAGCAAAAAAUUGAACAACUUCGCAAAACUUUACCACAGGUUGAAAGGGAGAGAACCAAGAAGUUAUUAGAAACUAUCGAAGCUGCUGCAAAUAUAAAGA